AUGGCUCCGGAAAUGGAUCGUAGCAGCGUGUCACCAAUCACCGACGAGGCUGCAGCGUCGCCAGCGAGAUCAUCGAAACGAGCUUGUGAUCAGUGCAAACUCCGCAAGGUCAAAUGCAGUCUCUCCCAACCAUGUGCGACAUGUCUCUCUAGGAAUUUUGAAUGCACCUAUCUAAAGCCCCAAAGGAAACGUGGCCCACUUGGGAAUCGCUUGUCGCAAAUCCAGCGGCAGCAAAUUCAGCUCACUAAGCAAAAUCACUUUGACGAGAGCAACGAGAUGUUGAGCCCAUCUGACUCCCGGCAACUCCCUACGCAGAGCAAUUUAGAGUCAUAUCAGUCUCUACCGGAAGCAAACAAUGAUUCGACGCAAUUGGAGGAUGUGGUAGAUUUCAUCUAUAAGGACCUGCAGGCGCCUGGUACAAAUAUUGCUGCUUGUGAGGUCGACUUCGCUGCACCAAGUAUGCAUAACGGCUUUAGAACCAGUAACAAUUAUGACGCAGAAUACUGGCCACCGGAUAGAGUGAGCAUGCAAUUAUGUCCUUUUGGCCUGCCUCAGACCAACCUUUUCGUGGACUCUGCUCUUCCGCUCAUCGUGGAAACAAAUUCCGAUGGCAAUGGCGUUGUGCAGCAUGAACCCAGCCACCCUCGACCACCCAUGUACAACCUCUUACCCUCACAGAACGGUUUCGAAGCCACAGACAAUAUAUGGCCGUCUUCUAUCAGCGAGGUCAAUCUGAUUCCAUGGAUAGAGGUUUAUUUUGAUCGGUUGCAUCCAACCUUACCCGUUCUCAAUCGCUCCUCUCUGCUUAGCAGAAUGUUCCUCCACGAGCACCACCAGAAUCCUCUAUUUGGAUCCAUGCUCUUAGCCCUUUGUGCAUUUGCGAUUACUCAACCCAUCUUGAUUAAUGAGCGGUCGACGACUUCAACACGAGCUAAUCAAGCUAAGAGACUCAUGAAUGAGGCCAUCAAGAUGCGUAGUUCUGCCGACUUUGGUGAAAGUCCAGAACUGGAAGCGGUUUUAACCAGCUUCUUUCUUUUCGGUUGCCUCUUUGGUAGCAACCAGCAUAAUGCUGCAUGGCUUCGAUUGAGGGAAGCGGUUGACUUGGCUCUUACCAUGGGUUUGAAUAAGCCAGACUCAUACCAACUCCUUUCCAAUGAAGAAAAAGGCCAACAUAUUAGAGUAUACCUGAUUUUGUCAAUCACAGAAAAAGCAUAUGCUAUUCAACGCCAGCAUCCUAUCAACUUCCGGCUAAUUCCAGGAUUCGAUCGGCCACUUUCAAAUGAUAUCAUUCACGAUUCCUCCCACGGUCUUCUAUCUGGCGUGGUUGUCUAUAAUGAGAAGGAUGCUGCUGCACUGAUGGGAUUAUCUCUACUAAUGGAACUCUUUUGUGUCAUAAAUGAUGACGAUAUUAACUGCUGGAAUGGCACUUGCGGUGCUAGUCAGGGCUGUUGCAAGAAGCAUGACGAGAACGAAAUCUUGUCACUGCAUAAGAGCAUGUCCCGCGUUGAUUGUCAGCAUCACUUCAGAGACUACGAUCGGAUCAACCUCAACGACUCGAACGAACCCCAAAGGGUAGCCGAAGUUCCUUUCGGCUUCAAUAAACAGUGUCUUAUUAGUCAAUUCGCCGAUAUCCUCAUAACGCAAAAGUGGCUUCAGAACCGCAUUUGGCAACUCUGCUUGACUCAUAGUCUUCUCAAGGCUCAAUCGGAGCAUGGUGAGCUCACUUUUAAUUACGCCGUUUCCAUCGCAGAGUCAACGUUAGACCUCUGUCAAUCUUUAUCUCUGCAGUCAAUGGAGGCUCACGGCAUUGGUAUGAUCGAAAAGCUUUACGACAUCGCGACUGCCUCAGCAACUAUCUUAUAUAGUCCUGUAUUUUCUGUAAAGAUGGCAACCACCAGAAGCGUACCUGCGUACAGCAACAUAUCGCAAUCACAACAGUCAGACUCCAUACGUUAUGCGGCUUCGAGGGGGGGAUUGUGCGGCAAUUACUUGAAAAUUUUCUCUACACUACGCGGUGGCAACCACCCGUAUCUUGAGAAGUACAAGGCUCAUCUCCGCUCUAUAGGUCAAGACCCAAACUCCUAA